CACCAAACCGCUAUAAAAACACAACCAUCACUUUAGAUCUCUCCUCUCGUGCCAACAACAACAAAAACACUUCCUCUCUCCACUUUACUCAACUAACCACUCUCUCCACAAAAGGCGGUAGCAAUGUCAGCCGCCGCAUCUUCCGCCAUCUCCGUCGCAACCAAGCCCCUCAAGAGCUUGACUCUCUCCUCCUCCUCCAGAUCGCCUCUCCCAUCCGCCGCUUCCGUCGCUUUCCCCACUCCUCGCCGCCGUCUCGUUCUCGUGGCGUGCACCGCCGGAGACGGAUCCAAGCCAACGAUCCUCGUCGCCGAGAAGCUCGGCGAGGCUGGUGUGAAGCUCUUGGAAGGUUCCGCCAAUGUCGACUGCUCUUACAACCUGACUCCCGAGGAGCUCAACGCCAAGAUCUCCCUCUGUGACGCGUUGAUCGUUAGGAGCGGAACCAAGGUUGGUCGCGAGGUGUUCGAGUCUUCUCGCGGACGUCUCAAGGUCGUUGGACGCGCUGGUGUUGGGAUCGACAACGUGGAUCUGAGCGCCGCCACCGAGUUUGGUUGUCUUGUCGUCAACGCGCCGACGGCUAACACGAUCGCCGCCGCUGAGCAUGGGAUCGCGCUUUUGGCCGGCAUGGCCAGGAACGUCGCACAGUCUGAUGCGUCCGUUAAGGCCGGUGAGUGGAAGAGGAACAAGUACGUAGGUGUCUCACUCGUUGGAAAGACUCUUGCAGUGAUGGGAUUCGGGAAAGUUGGGACAGAAGUUGCUCGUCGUGCCAAAGGUCUUGGCAUGCGUGUCAUUGCUCAUGAUCCCUACGCGCCAGCCGACCGUGCACACGCCAUCGGUGUUGAUCUAGUGAGCUUCGAUGAAGCUUUAGCGACCGCUGAUUUCAUUUCUUUGCACAUGCCUCUUACGCCAGCAACAUCUAAGAUACUGAAUGAUGAAACGUUUGCCAAGAUGAAGAAAGGAGUUCGUAUUGUUAAUGUUGCUCGUGGAGGUGUUAUAGACGAAGACGCGUUAGUGAGGGCUCUGGAUGCUGGUAUUGUUGCUCAGGCUGCGCUUGAUGUUUUCACUAAAGAGCCGCCGGCUAAAGAUAGUCCUUUAGUGCAGCAUGAGAGAGUCACUGUCACACCUCAUCUUGGAGCUAGCACAAUGGAAGCUCAGGAAGGAGUUGCCAUUGAAAUUGCUGAAGCUGUUGUUGGUGCUCUGAAUGGUGAGCUUGCUGCUACUGCUGUCAAUGCACCUAUGGUUUCUGCUGAGGUUCUGACCGAGCUGAAACCAUAUGUGCUACUAGCCGAGAAGCUAGGGAGACUAGCGGUGCAACUAGUGGCUGGAGGAAGCGGCGUGAAGAACGUGAAAGUCUCGUACACGUCAGCACGAGCCACUGACGAUCUAGACACAAGACUUCUACGAGCCAUGAUCACCAAGGGAAUCAUCGAGCCGAUCUCUGACGUGUACGUCAACUUGGUCAACGCCGACUUCACAGCGAAGCAGAGAGGUCUGAGACUCUCGGAGGAACGUGUGCUCUUGGACGGGUCACCAGAGAACCCGUUGGAGACGAUAACCGUCCAGCUAGGAAAUGUGGAGUCAAAAUUCGCGAGCUCGUUGUCGGAAUCAGGAGAGGUGAGAGUGGAAGGAAAGGUUAAAGACGGAGUUCCGCAUUUGACGAAGGUUGGAUCGUUUGAGGUGGAUGUGACUCUUGAAGGUAGUAUCAUACUGUGUAGGCAGGUGGAUCAACCAGGUAUGAUAGGGACGGUGGGGAGCAUACUUGGAGAGUCUAACGUGAAUGUGAACUUCAUGAGCGUUGGAAGGAUAGCACCGAGGAAGCAAGCGAUCAUGGCGAUUGGUGUUGAUGAUCAGCCGAGCAAGGAGACGCUUAAGAAGAUUGGGGAGAUCCCAGCGGUGGAGGAGUUUGUUUUCCUCAAGGUCUAAGUUUGGUGUGUGUGUGUGUUGGCUUAUUGAAUUUUGAAUGUGAGGAGUUUUGAUGAAGGGUGUUUUGAGUUUGUUGGGUUAAGGCAAUAAUGUUAUCUUAUGGCUUUUUAUUACACAGUUUUGGUAAUGUUGAGAACUGUAGUAGUCUUCUUUGAUGUUUCAACUCAAUGGUUCUCUCAUUA